AUGAGACGUAGUCGUUCUCCCUCGUCUCCUUCCCCCUAUCGGGCCCUAGCCCACCAACAGAAUGGCGGCAACGCGGGCCCCGGCCGGAUCUCGGACUCCAUCUCCGUUAUACGUUCCUUCAAUGUCGAGACAAACCCGACUCGUCCUGUCCGCCCCUCCCCGCUGACCGCCUCCACCAUCCGGGACAUGCCGCUUGAUCUCGUCGACCGCAUCCGCUCCUUCCCCCUCUUCAUGUCUGCCUCGGAGGACUUCCUCGCCGCCAUUGGAAAACACCUACGGCCUCAGGUCCAUGCGGCCCAAGACAUGGUCCUCCACGAGGGCGAUGACGCGAAAGCCAUGUACUGGGUGGUACGUGGCGUCGUGGCAGUCACCUCGAGAGAUGGCGAGGCCGUCUACGCCGAGCUCAAGGCCGGCUCCUUCUUCGGCGAAAUCGGCGUUCUGAUGGACGUGCCGCGCACGGCCUCCAUCGUCGCCCGGACGAAGUGUCUUCUUGUGGCUACCGGUGAGGUCGGCAUCAUCAAGGAGGGGAGCAGCACGGUGGUCAACUCGAAGAAGCGGAAGUCGCCUAGUCCCGGUGCCAUCGAAGACCCUGCCGCCGGCAGCGCUCUCGGGAGCGGGUUCGUGAACGUGCGGAAAACGCUGAGAGAGCUCCCGCUCUUCUCGAACCUCCCUCCCGAUAUUCUCCAUUUUCUGGGGUUGAGCGCGCAACCGAAGACGUACUCCCCCUUUACCGACAUCGUCCAGCAGGGUGCGCCUGGGAACGACAUCUUUUUUAUCGUGCGAGGAGAGGCGGAGGUAAUUCGCCAGACGCCGGCUUCCGAGGACGAGGCAACAGCAGCAACAGCAGCAACAGCAGCAACAGCCAAACAACUGUCGUCGCGUGCGUCGUACGUACGCCCGCGCCUCAAGGCCGGUCAAUACUUCGGGGAGGUCGCAAGUCUCGGAUUAUCGGAAGGUCGGACAGCUACUGUGCGGUCCAUCACGACGGUGGAGUGUCUGAUGAUCGGCGGCGAUGCGCUCGAGGAGCUGUGGAGGAGAUGCCCCCCGGAUAUCAAGUCACAAGUCGAGGAGACAGCUCGCACACGCUAUCGUUUGUCGGACCAGGACGAGGACGAGGACGAGGACGUCGACAUGAACGACCUGGAUGCGACUGACCCUAGGAGAAAAAAAUCCGACCCUGCAACACCGACGACGCCGAGGGCUCUACCUCACAUGACGUUUACUACGCCCUCGAAGCCGGCGUCCCCGUCGAAGGACGCGGGAGCGGACACGAUGGGUCCGAGAGAUCCCGACCCCUUUCUUAGUGUCGACAUGGAGAAUAUACGUAACCGUCGUCGCAACUCUCUUGCACCGCCGAUGCCUAUGCCUCUGCCUAUGCCUCUGCCUAUGCCUCUGCCUAUGCCGCAGCCCGAGACCAUCUCUUCCCCGGCGGCGAACAACAGGAGGUAUCCGCAGCUCGACACGAUGGCUGUUGGGGGGUUUGCCGUGCCGCAAUCACCGCUGGACAUGGAAGAGAUUCCGUCCAAGAGGGCAAGGACCCUUCCUCACCGCGCCCAUUCCUUGCAGCAGUUGUCGGCCCUCCCGGACCAGGUGUUGGUUAGGGUCUUCCAGCUCCUAGGCGUGGCCCAGCUCAUGCAAUUGCGGCUCGUGUCGGCACAUUGGCGCAAGCUGCUCGAGAAAGACCGUGGCGUCGGCGUCCAUGUCGACCUCAGCCAGCACAACCGGCGGGUCACGGACGAAGCGAUCAAGACAGCCAUCGCGCCGUUCCUCGGAGACCGACCGGAGACGAUCGACAUCAGCAACUGCUUUCACCUCACGGACGAGGGGUUCAAGGCUCUGUGGGAGAUGUGCGGGCGCAACGUGAAGCGCUGGCGGAUGCGGUCGGUCUGGGACGUAUCGGCGAACCAGAUCCUCGACAUGAGCGAGAAGGCCAAGGGUCUCGAAGAGGUGGACUGGAGCAACUGCCGCAAGGUCGGCGAUAACCUCCUCGCCCGCGUGGUCGGAUGGGUGGUACCCGAACCGCCUCCACCGCCGCCACCGAACAACAAGCAGGUGGUCAUCUCCAGCUCGGCGGCUGCCAAAGGGCGGUCGUCGUCGUCGUCGUCUCAGAAACAAGCGGCGGCCGCGUCUGCCCGACAGGCGGCGAACAUGCCCAAGCCGGGAACUGUCAUAGGCUGCCCGAAGCUGAAGCGGCUCAACCUGUCUUACUGCAAACAUAUCACGGACCGGUCGAUGGCGCACCUCGCGGCCCAUGCGUCCCAGCGCAUCGAAUCGCUCACGCUGACGCGGUGCACGUCGAUCACCGACGCCGGAUUCCAGUCGUGGGCGCCCUUUCGGUUCACGGACCUGACGCACCUCUGCCUCGCCGACUGCACGUACCUUUCCGACAACGCCAUCGUGGCGCUGGUCAGCGCGGCCAAGAACCUCACGCACCUCGACCUCUCGUUCUGCUGCGCGCUCUCGGACACGGCCACGGAAGUGGUGGCGCUCAGCCUCCCGCUGCUGCGGGAGCUCCGACUCGCGUUUUGCGGCAGCGCCGUCUCGGACGCCAGUCUCCAGUCGGUGGCGCUGCACCUCAAUGAGCUCGAGGGGAUAUCGGUGCGGGGCUGCGUGCGCGUGACGGGCAGCGGCGUGGAGAACCUGCUGGAAGGGUGCGGGAAGCUGGCGUGGGCGGAUGUGAGCCAGUGCCGGAAUCUGGAAGGGUGGAUUCGCGGUGGCGGGAUUGCGCGGUGGGGGUUUGACGAACGAGGAAGCGACGGGAUCUCGUUGCUGCCGCAGAAACUACCCACCGUCGAAGGGAUGGGCAUGGGCAUGGGCAUGGGCAUGGGCAUGGGGAAGCCGCCGAUGCCGAUGGUGAGGCCGGCUAGGUCGGCCUUUGCGCAUAUGGGCUUGCCGGGCCGGACGUUGAGUUUCCGACGAAGGGCUCGGAAGCCGGUGCGCUUUAUUGUGGAGAAGGGACCUCGGGGGCUGAGGUAG